GGUACCUGCCUAUCCUCGCAGCUGUGACGUCACCGCGGAGAUCUCCGCUGCUCCGUCCAGCGUGCGUCGCGCGCCUGCGGAGCUUCCAGCGGCGUGUGUUUCACUUCUCCUCCCGGGAUACGAGAGGAAACUCGCGGACACCACUCUCGUCGUCAAGCCCGGCCCCGGCACCAUGUCCUCUGCGGUCACCGACACGGAGGAGUCCGCGCGCAGCUCCCCGCUGACGCCGCUGAAGCUGGUCGGGCUGGUGUGCGUGUUCCUCGCGCUCUGCCUGGACGUGGGCGCAGUCAUGAGCCCGGCGUGGGUGACCGCCGACGACCAGUACUAUCUGUCCCUGUGGGAGUCCUGCUGGAAGCCGGCGAGCACCGACGACUGGCAGUGCAGCAGCACCCUGGGCUCAGACUGGCAGGUUGCUACGCUUGCCUUGUUGUUAGGGGGCGGAGCUCUGGUGCUGAUGUCCUUCCUGGUGGCUCUGGUCGCUGUGUGUAUUGGCACGAGGAGGCGGUUCUACGCUCCUGUCGCUUUCAUGCUCUUCGCUGCAGUUGUCCUCCAGGCAUGCAGUUUGGUUCUCUACCCCGUCAAGUUCAUCGAGAGCAUCAACCUAAAGAUCUACCACGAGUUCAACUGGGGCUACGGCUUGGGCUGGGGCGGCACCAUCUUCUCCUUUGGAGGGGGCAUCCUUUACUGCCUUAACCCCAAAAACUACGAGGAGUACUACUAGCUUCUUGGCAAGAUGUAGCACCAGCACCUCGCUGGCAGUUGUAGGUGGUAGCUGUGAUAGUGAGAAGAAGAAGAAGAAGAAGACGCAAACUUUGCCCCACAGAGAACUGGUAGAUGGAUGUACCAGUUCCAAGAGGAGCAAAGUUCCAUUGGGAACAAUUGUUUUCAUCUGGUUCACUUCAUGGCAAUGUGGCCCAGAGGUCAGAAACUCCUGCUGUCGCUCUCGUCCUCAUCAGUUACUUCCUGCUGGACUUGAUGCCACACUCCUGCACGUUAACACUGGCAUGCCUACCUACAUCUUAAGUUACUGCCGGACUCAAGAUCUCACCAAUCUUUUCCUUGCACUCUCAUCCUUGCUCCGUCAGAAGAUUUGUUUUUGAUCUUCAGAAAGACCAUUUUUCUGUGAGACAAAGUUCUCCCCAGGCAAUAAGAGCAGGAAACAAGCUCAAUAUUCUGUUAUCGACCUGCACGUCUGUUGCCACAGCAACCCAAAGGGUUCGAACACCCAGCUGUCACGAUUGAUUAACCACGGUCUGAUGUGUGGGACCAGAUUUGGUGGGCCCGUGAAAGGGUUUGGGAAAUUCUGAGCUGACUUUCUCUGCACCACCAAGACCCUCCUGCCUGCUGCCUCUGCGUCUGCGUCUGGAUGGGAAGCGGACGUGUUUACAUGCAUAUCAUAGUUCAAAGUCACCAGUUGGUCUGUAGCUUCACUCCUUUGGACACUGCACUUGAAGGAAGAUGGCAUUAUUUUGCUGAUAAAUCUGUCCAGGCGGGGGUUUGCACUGAUGAGUUCACCUUAAUAAUAGAUUGUUUUUUAUUUAUUGUAGUUUAAAUUUGAAGGGUUUUGAUCAACCGUAAGAUUUGGAAAGGAUCUUAUAGAGUUUAUUCAAAAUAUCUUUCCUGUUUUCCUGUUUUAGUCAUCUUGAAAGAGUUAUUGAAUGUGCCUGUUAGUUCAUAGUUUUUAGCUGAACCUUACUUUGGAUGUUGAUAUUAUUCCUGUUUCUGGUUUGAACUGCAUUUGUCCGGAGUAAGAAGCACCAUUUAUGGUUGACAAUCUCCUAGCAAAAUGUGACUAAAAGCCGAAACAAACCAUUGUUGGUGUGAGAUCUUUACAAAGGCAACACUUGUCUCUGACUUGGUAAGCAACCACAGAUGAAUGCCAAGAGCGUUGUAUUGUCAUGUGUCGCUCCAUAUGCUUCAUGUGACGUCAUUGUUUAUUUUUCCCUGCCAAAAGUGGUCCCUCCUCUACAGAUACACCAUUGUCAAUGUGAAUGCUUCCUGCAGGAAGUUAAUAGUCGGUUAAAAGCCUGCCGCGGUGACAGAUGGGCGCGUAACUCGGCAUGUAAACAUUCCCAUUGAUGCAGUGGACCUUUUUAUAAACGCCAGGUCACAUUUCACAACCCGCCGUCUGCAAGUCUGCCCCCCCGCAAAUGUCAGAGUUGAGCUCGGUCGAUGCUGUUUUUUUAAGCUCCUACAUGUGACCAAGUUGAUUCUCUCUCCCCAUCAGUGUUUUCAAAUUUGCACUGCUACAGCAGCGUUAAAUGAAAACAUCUCUGCCGCCGCAACGGAGCUGUUUUUCUCUUUUAAUAUCUGCUCGAUCCUGUUAGCUCAUGAAUGGGGAAUGAAAUUAGCUGGAAAAUGACAGGCCUUUUUUAAGAUUCUGCCCGGGUACAAGAGCCGUCAUGAAUAUGGAGCGUUGCUCAGAGGGAAGAGGAGGUGCCAAACAGAAGGGCGCUGCUUCUGACGGCUGUGGGAAGUGCAGUCUCACGUCCUAGAUUCCUCCCACUUUGAGAUAGUAGACGUGAAAUGGCUUUAAAUAUCUUGUCUCUAUUGUGGAUACCGAUGUUGCUUUCGUAGCUCUAUCCACUAGUGAUGGAUUGAUGAGGUUUCAUGAAAGUGUCCAGAGGCCACUAGAUGGCAACAACAACCUUUUUACUUUUCAUCGUAAAUAAAAAGUGUUUUUAUUCUUACUUUAUUGCAUGAUGAUCAUGUCGGAAGGUGAUGGACCUGACCAUGUGGCCAGUGCAGCAUAUGAUGUAAUGUGGGUUGUAAUGACUGUGUAAUGACUGAAACAACAUGUUACAGCAACAUAUCUAAUAUCUGCACUUAUUUGAAGCGGAUUUCCAUGAGUAGAAGGGUAAUAAUACCAACAUUUUUUGAUUGGUUACUUUCUUUCAUGGUAGCAUCAUGGAACCGGAACCAGGGUCAGCUGGUGUUUUAUGGUGUGAAGCAUCUUAUGUGUCUGAAAGACGUCACACUGUCAUGUGUGACAGCAAUGUUUCAGAUCAAGUGCCACCGCAUUUUUUCACUUCAGUUUCAGCUCCAGUGCCCGGAAGAAUUUAGAUAGAUAAUUCGUCCGCACUGGUCGAAGCUUUCCUGUAUUUAAGGGUCUAUAACUGCUUAGUCAGGAUGUUUUUGCUCUCUGUGCUUUGUUGGUGUAGAGGAGCCUUAGGCACUUUAGCACUGUAGCAGACCUGGGCUAAAAUAUGAGCAUCGUUCGGGCUAGCCGUUUUACACGUUACAUGUCUCUGAGGGUCAAAAUUAGAAACGGCUGCAACAGCUGUUUCCAUUAAAAAAAAAAAAAAAAUGCCUCAAAAUAAAAGUGCCGUGUCUCGAGUCUUUGUUUGAAGUUACGGUCCUUCAUUUCAGUCUAGCGAAAAUCUCAAGUCCAUGCUCCCAUGUCAACAACAUCUUAGUCUGUGUGAGGUGUUUAGAAGACCACGCUUCAAAACAAGUCUACAAAGACUCCUGACUAUUUCUGAGGAUUCAUUAUUGGAGUUAGAGCGACACAGUCCUGACUCGUUUCAGUCCAUCCCCCAGUCCAACACACACAAAUGUUCCUCACUCUCAGCGGCUCGACUGUCCACAGAGUUGAAGAACCAUUUGUCAGCAUCCAGCUGAUGGAAUUCAUAAUUGCCUCAGCGAAGAGGUCUCCAUAAAAUCCACCUGAUGAAUCUGGUCUGCAGUACUUUAAUAUGCUGCCAAUACACGGAUGAAAAGGUGGUUUAUUUGAGGUAAUAAAUGUUACUAACCUAGAGUGCAGCUGAAUGCUUAACUCCGGUGCAGUUGUGUCACAAGACAUGGAUCUAGUUUAGCCUCGGUCUGUCACCAGCUUGACCGUCAGGUGGGCGAGCAAAGCUGCAGAUCUACCUGGAGCUAAGCGACUGAGGCUGCUUUUGGAACUGAUUUAACCCCAAUUUCCCUCCCAAUUUCUCCUGGUCUUGUUCACAAGAAUGCAGCUGAAGCACUUAUUUUAAAAGUCAGAAGUAACUUCCGAGCAAAGCCAGCACAGGAGAGCCUUAUGCUCGUGCUUCUCCAGAGGACAUGAAGCAACUCAAGUGAAGUUUAAAGGCUCCAUUUGAAAAUCUACCUUCCAUAUUUGCAUUUACAUUUCCAAGGACGUGAACUGUGUAGGUUCUUCUCUCCUCGAGAGUGGCUGGGUACAGUUCACUCACGUCUGAAGUCAUCAUGCUGACAGCCCAUACUUCAAAAGCAAGGACUCCUGCGAGUCAAACAUGACAGGCUCCUGGAGCAGACAGAGCAAAGUGGAGGACGUCUUUUCACUCCAUCAUGACAAAGUUUGGAGCAGUGACAGUGUCUGUCAGAAGCAGCCGAUGACUUCUGAAAGAGGAACUUGUUUUUCUGCACAAAGCACGUGACCCCAGUUGUUGUCACAGUGCUGGAUUGAUGGUUCGAUAAUGUCAGGAGGAAACAUAGCUGAAGAUGCCGUCAAAAACAAAAGGCUGCUGAGGAGUCGUUUUUUUUUUUAUAAUAAUGUGCUUUAAAGCGACAGCUAAAAAUACAACCCAGUGUAGCAUCAAUCAAAACCCUCUUUCAAACCAAAUCCAAACUUCUCUGUUGGCUCCAGUCCGGUUUGUUUUUCAGCACCUUUUCUGUGGGAAGCUGCCUCUGGACACAAACAGAUUGAAGUUGAAGUCUCCACGUGUUUGCUUCGGUUCCAAAUUGGACACUGGAACCCAAGUCGUAUUGGCGGAGAUGAUCAACCUCUGAGUGGGAGCGAGCGCCCACACACCACUGGCACCAGUUUCAAAACUGACCUACAUGCUUUGAUUGUAAAUGAAGCUCCGAGUGAGACCUUGAUUCGCCACGAAUUCAUUUUCAGAGGCUCGUGUCUUUUAGCCCAGGUCUGAACUGUCGUCCAUAGGUUUUAUUAAGGAACUGGAUUCAACGUAGACAUGAAAAUGAAACCGCGUCAUCUCCCUGUAGGCGGGAGAGAAGAGAAAAAAGCAAACACUAAUGAUGUGUGUAGGGACUAGGCGUUUGUGUGCGAGUGUGUCUGAGAGUGGCAGCUCACCACAGAGUGCUGUGUGUGUUGGCAUGUUUUAGAUGCCGCUGUAGAGAUGUCAGUUAUCAGCAUUUAUCUCUUUGUAUGGCACAUUAAAGCACUGAACAG